AUGUCUUCCAAGUUAUGUCUGACUCUGCAUGGACCCUCUUGUGUGGUUUGGUAUGGCCCCAUCGCAAACCUUGCAGAGCAGGACUUGCCAUACACCCACGGUCUCAUGAACAAGGAGAAGGAGGACUUUGCAGGGAAGGAAAUUCUGAUCCUUGGUGGUGGCGACGGAGCCCUUCUGUGGGAGCUGCUGAAGGAGAAGCCCAAAUUCGUCACCAUGAUUGACAUUGAUGACGUUGUGAUGAAAGCAUGUCGCAAGCACAUGAAGUCAGUGUGUGGCACUUGCAUGGACAACUAUGAUGGAGAGAACUACAAGAUAAUUGUAGGGGAUGCCAUUGCGUACAUGAAGGACUACAUAAAGGAGGGGAAACAAUUUGACUAUGUAUUUGGAGACCUCACAGAUGUACCCAUCUCCCCCACCCCUCGAGGGCAGCUCUGGGACUUCCUACGCACCAUUCUUGGUCUUGGGAUGCAGUGCGUGAAGCCGGGCACAGGAAAAUAUAUGACACAUGCCAUUGGAAUCCAGUGUGCAAGUGCUCUAAAAAUGUUCGAGGAGCAGUUUGAAGCCCAAGACAUCCCAGUGACUCUGACACGUACGAGCCAUUACGUGCCGUCUUUCAUGGAAUUCUGGUGCUUUUACCAAGCCACCCGCAAAGCAGCGUAGGGCAGGAUACAUAUUACUUAGGCUUGAUUUUGUUACAGCUAUACAAAAUGAAGUAUCGUGUUGCUGCUCUCCCUAGAUGAAGUAUAUACAUA